AUGGUCUUCCCUAUAUCGUUCAGGAGAGCCCUGUGGGCGUCCGCUGCUGCCCUCGGCGCCGCGGCUGCCGCGGACCCGACCGCGUCGACGACGGGAGCGUGCGACGAGCUCGCGUCCUCCCUGCCGGACCGCGUCUGGACGGAGCCGUCGGUCGAGUACUUGUCCGAGUCCAACGCGUACUGGUCCACGGCGCUGCGCGGCCUCAAGCCGGCCUGCAUCGUCCUGCCCCGGUCCGUCGAGGAGGUCUCCGUCGCCGUCAAGGUGCUCGGCAGCCACCCCGACGUCCAGUUCGCCGUCAAGAGCGGCGGGCACACGCCCAACCAGCGGCACUCGACCGUCCUGGACGGUGUCCUGAUCUCCACCAAGCAUCUCUCCGGCGUCACCUAUCGCCCGGAUGAGCAGCUGGCCUACGUCAAGCCCGGAGGUGAUUGGAACGACGUCAUCGGCUCACUCGAGGAGCACGGCGUGACUAUUGUCGGUGGACGUCUGGGUAUUGUCGGUGUAGCUGGCUACCUAUUACAGGGAGGCAUUUCCUUCCUAUCGGCCCAGUAUGGCCUGGCUGCAGACAACAUCGUAGCCUGGGAAAUGGUCGCCGCCAAUGGCACAAUCCUCAACGUCAAGGCAUCCGAGAAUCCAGACUUGGCUGUCGCCCUGAGAGGAAGCGGCAGCCAGCUAGGCAUCGUCACCCAGUUCACCGUCAAGACGCACGAGAUCGGUCAGGUCUGGGGUGGCCUGCGAACAUACGGAGACGACAAGGCCGAUGAGAUCUUCGCCGCUCUGCACGGUUACGUGCCCGGCGGUGUCGAGGAUACCAAGUCGGCCAUCAUCCUCACCAACACCAUGACAGCCGGGGUCACCAAGUCCUUCAUCAUCUACUACUUCUACGACGGUCCCGAGCCGCCCACCACCGGCGCAUUCGCCAAGUUCCUAGACAUCGACUCCGUCAUAGACGUCACCUCGACACGCUCUUAUUCCGACCUGUUGAAUGCCAACGGUGCGGCUGCCGAGCUUCUCGUCUCCCGCAUUUCUUUCAGGACAUACACCAUCCCCUACCUCCCAGACGUACCGGGCAUGUUUUCCGAGAUAUCGGAAAAGUUCUCGUCCCUCUUGGCCGACCAUCUCUCCUCGCGCCCCACGGCCCUGUGCUCGGCCGACUUCCAGCCCUUCCCGUCCGUCAUCGGUCAGCACAGCCAGGACAGCGGAGGCAACGCCAUGGGAAUCUCCGGCCGCGACCCUCACCGCAUCAUCCUGGAGCUCCAGUGCGCCUGGGACUCGGAGACCGACGACGACAUCUUCCAGGGAGCCUCGAGGGACAUGGUCCGGUGGCUGGAGGCUAAGGUAGCCGACUGGACUUUUGACGGCGAGGAACCCUACCUCCCGCUCUUCAUGAACGACGCUGCCUGGGACCAGAACGUCACCGGGACCUACAGCCGCUACGCCGAGUUUAAGCAGAUCCAGAAGGCUGUCGACCCCACAGGUUUCUUCCCGACCAGGGGGGGAGGUUUCGUGUACUGA